ACGUUGGCCAGUGUGAUUAGCCAGUGAGAGAGACAGAGAGAAAGAGAGAAAGAAAGGACAGAGACAGAACAAGACAUCGCUGUCUCUCCUCUCUUGUGUUCUGUUCCUUUCUCCUUUCUCUUCCUCUCUCUCCUUUUAUAUAUUUUUUAGUUUUACUAAUACAAUUGCAUGCCUUUUGCCUUGUUAAUCUCAUUUCCCACAUAUCAACACCCAAACCAUCCAUUUGAAGCAGCCGUUUCUCCUCUCUUCGACACUUUUCGGGGCUCCCAGCCCCGAAAAUCUUCGACUUUUAACUUCCUGGUCUCUCAUUUUCUCCGCGAAAUGUACUCUGCAAUUCAUUCCCUUCCGCUCGACGGAGGCGUCGCCCACGCCGACUUCCAGGGCUCUCUCGACGGCACCAAUCUGCCCGGCGAUGCUUGCUUGGUUCUCACCACCGAUCCCAAGCCCCGCCUCCGCUGGACCGCCGAGCUCCACGAGCGAUUUGUUGAUGCUGUUACUCAACUCGGUGGCCCCGAUAAAGCAACUCCAAAGACCAUCAUGAGAACAAUGGGGGUAAAAGGCCUCACCCUUUAUCAUUUGAAGUCGCAUCUUCAGAAAUACCGGUUGGGGAAGCAAUCAUGCAAGGAGUUAACUGACAACUGUAAGGAGGCAUCUUGCAUUGCAGAGAGUCAAGACACUGGUUCAUCUUCAACAUCAUCAUCAAGAAUGAUACCUCAAGACUUGAAUGAUGGUUAUCAGGUUACUGAGGCUUUGCGUGUUCAAAUGGAAGUUCAAAGAAGACUGCAUGAACAGCUGGAGGUUCAGCGCCAUCUUCAACUUAGGAUUGAAGCACAAGGCAAAUACCUGCAGUCAAUACUUGAGAAAGCCUGCAAAGCUCUCAAAGAUCAGGCUGCAGCAACUGCAGGGCUUGAAGCUGCUAGGGAAGAGCUCUCUGAACUACAGAUCAAGGUCUCCAAUGAUUGUGAAGGGAUGAACCCACUUGAGACCAUAAAAAUGCCUUGUCUAUCUGAAAUUGCAGCAGCUCUAGAAAACAAAAAUGCAGUGAAUGUCCCAGCCAGAAUUGGUGACUGCUCUGUGGACAGCUGCUUGACGUCAAGUGGGAGCCCAAUUUCUCCAAUGGGUGCAAGUUCACGGGGUGCAGUGAUGAAAAAGAGGUCAAGGCCCUUGUUUACUGGUGGAAGCUCCUUGGCUUUGGAGAACAACAUGCGGCAAGACGUAGAGUGGAUGAUGACCAAUAUGGGAUGAAGCGCAGGAGGGCAUGGUCAUCCUUUUUCUUUGUUUACUAUGUUCUGUGGGUUUUGCCAACUGUAGUAGCAGUGGUCUGUAUAUUCAUCCUCAAAGCAGAUCCUUUCAACAUUAGUGACACCAUUUCUUCAAUUCUCAGUUGCCCUUUUACACCCA